AUGACGGUCAUACCCAGAUUGGUGCACUUUGGCAGCCUGAAGGAUGUCUAUCCUUUGGUGAUUCGCCUACUGAAACUGUUCGGCGCAUGGGGCGAUCGUCGCCGCCUGUUUGGACUGUACGGAUUCUUCCUGUGUCACUUUUUCCUACGCUUGCUGCCGUCAAUCAUCUAUCUGGAUACGAGCGACAUCCAUGCCAUGAUUCGUCAUCUCGGGGAAAUUGUGUUCAUUUCGAUGCUCUAUCCAGUGUUUAUCGUGUAUGUGUGGAAACUGCCGAAACUGAUGAUGUUAAUUAGAAUCUUGCGAGCAGCUUUCGCCGAAUAUUGCCGUUCGUACCAACCACCGGAGUAUCGAGAGGCAAUUGUGAAAACGAACAGAUUCAUCCGAAACAUCUGCCGAUUCUACUUUGCCUAUACCGGACUCAAUAUUCCCGUGUACAUAGUAGUGCCUCCCGUGUUAACGUUCUACAAGUACCUCACGUGGAACAACUCCAGCGAACCGUUCUACUUCAUUUUUCCCAAUGAACUGCCCUACAUGGAUCACUACCGCGUGUGGCACUAUGUCGUCGUCGAGUCACUGAUUUCACCUAUCUUCUUCUGUAGUGCAAUUUUCCUUGCCAUGAAGUCAAUGGUGUACUACAGUUUGAUAAAGUACGUAUCGCUGAUGUUCAAACUGGUUAGAAUUCGCAUUCGACUACUGGACAGUGCGGUCACCAUUGGAGGAGGUUCACGCUUGCAGCGAGCUGUAGACGAUGUAAUUAGAGGCCAUUAUCUGGCUCUGAGAUGUGCUCAGCUGCUAGAGGAACUGAUCAGUCCAAUCCUGUUAGCACAAUUUAUGGGGUGCGUUAUCGUUUGGUGUCUACUUCUUUUCUACAUCACAUUUGGCAAAGGAGGCUUGGGAGCACUCACGACGCUUAUCUUGUGUGAAAUCGUUGCUUUUGAAAUGUUGGCCUUUUCGUUCUUUGGAUCCGAAUUGACGGAAGUGAGCGAAUCAUUAGCGCACGAGAUCUACAGCCAUCGAUGGUACGAUGCCCCGCUCACCGUACAGAAGAAAGUGCUGCUCAUGUCAGUGCGAGCGCAAAAAAUCGUGGGCAUAACCGCACUUAGAUUCUACUAUGUGAGCAUCGAACAAUUUGGCAAGGCCGUUCAAACCACUUACUCGUUCUAUCUCGUAAUGAAGAAGCUGUUCGAGGGUUAAGUGAGUCCG